AAUAAUCCCUCUAGACCGCGGCCCGCGCAAUCACUCAUUCAGACCACUUCGGUCACUCGUUCAGUGGAAACCGGCAAUGGCGGCAGUGCGUGUUGUGUUACGGACUAGUGGGUUAUUUCUAUUGCUCUUUUUAAUACAAAACAGCAUUGCUGUAUCACCACCAUGGAUAUUGUCAAUCAAUGUAAACAAAGUAUCGUGUUCUAAUUUUAUAUGUUAUUAUGAUUUGUUUGUGCGUGGCUCCGAUGCCGACAAGUGGUCAUUGACUUCGAAGCCGGCGGCGCGCGGCAGUGAAUGUAAAAACACAGACUUUCUGCUUGUGAAGAGUUUCGAAUUUAGUUCCAAUUUUGAAUUCGAUGUUCCGAAUGUUGGUGGUAAGCUGUUUUUCUGCGCAAAGAGUUCGGACGCGGACGGCUGGUUCCACCAAGGAGACCGUUUAUUUUUGGAACCUUCGAAUGAUGUCAAGCAACGCACCUCAUUUGCUGAGCGUGACACCGAAGAAACAGAAGAUGUUGUCUCCGAGGUGCAAGAGAAAGAACCACUUCUUAGUGAAAAGAUGACACAAGACAUAGACCGUAACAGUAUUGAAGAAGAUCCUAUGAACGGAUUGUACCACGAUCUGGACGUCAACGAGGAUGGCGUCCCAGAAAAUGAGAUGGCUGUCGAAAUACUCAGCUACAUAUCACCAGAAAGUAGAAACCUUAGGUUAGAAAAUGAAUUCGAUGAUGCAUUCAAUGAUAUAGACGAAGUUAGCGACAGCCACCGUGAUAAGAGACAAGCAAACGAGACAGCAGAUGAGAAGGUAGUGGCAGACGUUGGUAAAAACACUGAGGUUAACUUCAAUGUUACCGUCAAAGUGGUCGGUCUGAGGGUAGAAGAGGCUGAUAAGGAACCUAAAAUUGUCGACGGUGUCAUUCCUAGCGUGCUCAGAAACACCAAGUUCAGUCUCAGACUAUUCGGUUCAGGGUUCACCGACGACACUGUGAUAGCUUUCACCCACGAACCCGCGGAAUACGGAACCAUCUGUCACCAUUUAGUCAAAGGAGAGUACAAGACUUUCAAGGCAGAAGCUGAUGCAGCUUUCUUCGAGCUGCUAGCCCCACCGCCAUUGGACGACUACAAGUUCUAUAUCUGCGCCAAAAACACCGAAAGCGGAGAGUUCAUUCAUCAAGGAAAGGAAGAAUGGAAGAUUCUUGGGACACACAACAAACUGCUUCCACUUUGGGUGUCUUUAGUCCUGAUUGUGAUCCUUUUAUUACUGGCGUCUUUAUUCUCCGGUCUGAACCUCGGUCUGAUGGCAUUGGACAGGACUGAACUGAAGAUCAUAGCAAACACAGGGACAGAGACGGAAAGGCGUUAUGCCAGAGCGAUCAUGCCAGUCAGAGCCCACGGAAACUACCUCCUGUGCACGAUUCUACUGAGUAACGUAGCCGUGAACUCCACUUUCACUGUCAUUCUCGAUGACCUGACGUCUGGCUUGGUGGCAGUCAUUGGAUCAACGCUGGCUAUCGUGUUUAUUGCUGAGAUCACUCCGCAGGCUGUGUGCGCGCGGCACGGGCUGCUUGUUGGCGCUAAAUCCAUCUGGAUCAUGAAGAUCGUGAUGGGUAUCUGCGCGCCGCUCGCCUGGCCCACCAGCAAGCUCCUGGACUACUGUCUGGGAGAAGAGAUCGGCACACACUACAAUAGAGAGAGGCUGAAGGAGUUGGUCAAGGUAACAAACCACGUGAACGAUCUCGACAAGGAGGAGGUGAACAUCAUCUCGGGCGCGCUCGACCUGCGCAAGAAGACCGUUGCCGAGGUGAUGACGAGCCUCGAGGACGUGUUCAUGCUGCCCAUCACCAGCACGCUGGACUUCGAGACCAUGACCGAGAUUGUGAAGUCAGGCUUCUCCCGCAUACCAGUAUACGAGGGUCGCCGCAGCAACAUCAUCACAGUUCUCUUCAUCAAGGACCUGGCGUUCGUGGACCCUGAUGAUAACACCGCUCUCAGGACCCUCUGCCAGUAUUAUCAGAACCCUUGCAACUUUGUGUUCGAGGAUAUCACUCUGGAUGUCAUGCUCAAGCAGUUUAAGGAAGGUCAAAAGGGCCACAUGGCGUUCGUCCAACGCAUCAAGCAGGGCGACGGGGACCCGGUGUACGAGACCGUGGGUCUGGUGACCUUGGAGGACGUCAUUGAAGAGAUGAUCCAGGCCGAGAUCGUGGACGAGACUGAUGUGUUCAUGGAUAACCGUACCAAGCGCCGCACGCACCGCCCGGUCCGCAAGCUGCAAGACUUCGCCGCCUUCGCCGGGCACCCGCAGCACCAGCGAGUCCACCUGUCUCCGCAGCUGAUCCUCGCAACCUUCCAGUUCAUGAGCACCAGCGUGGAACCCUUCCGUCCCGAGCUGAUCUCGGAGACGGUGCUGCGUCGGCUGCUGAAGCAGGACGUCAUCCAGCACAUCAAGAUUAAGGGUGACGAGGACAAAAAGGACCCCAAGAUAUACGUGUUCCAGGAGGGGAAGCCGGUGGACUACUUCGUGCUGAUCCUGGAGGGGCGCGUGGAGGUGACCGUGGGCCGCGAGAACCUCAUCUUUGAGUCCGGCCCGUUCACCUACUUCGGAGUGCAGGCGCUGAUACAGAACGUUGGAGUUGCGGAGACGGCGCCCCCCUCGGCGCUGGGCUCGCUGCAGAACCUGAACAUGGACUCGAUGCUGCGGCACACGUUCGUGCCGGACUACUCCGUGCGCGCCAUCACCGAGCUCUACUACAUCACCGUCAAACGGUCCAUGUACCUGGCGGCUAAACGAGCCACCCUGAUGGAGAAAGGAGCGCUGAACAAGGGCGGGACCAACGAGCAGAUAGAACCGGAAGUGGACAAGCUGCUUCGUGCCAGUGACACAGAUGCCCUCGAACUGGAGACAGAGUCCCCUAAACCAAUUUUCACCCCAUCAUCAGCCAGUCCCAUCACCAACGCCACAUUCAAGACUCCCGACACCAACCCUGAGGAGGAAGCGCUGCUUAAGAGGUAGAACCCACCACCACCUGGCAACCCUAGCGACAGAUGU